CAAAAGUUUAGUUUUCAGGCAAAUGACGUGAACAGUUUCAGUGGUUAGCGUCACUUCCGGCCCAUCUCACGUGCACACAAACAAACAGAAACUCAGGGAGAGUGGAAGUUUAGAAAACUCCCAAAGCAGAAGUGGGCACCGCAUUUAAAUUUCAAAUCAUGUCACGUAUAUCAACAAAUCCCAAAUCAACUUUCGAUUUAAACGUUAAAACAAUUUUCGUAUUUAAACAUUCGUAUCUGUUCCGAUUCAAGUAGAGCAUUUCCCCCUGCUUGUGAAAGCUGACCCGAGAUCAGCGCUAAACGCUUGAAUGGAAACCUUAUGACAACAAGGAAACUGUAGUGGCACACUUUAGUUCCUGCUAUUUUAAACCUCAACACGACAUUCCACAAUGUUUAAUGUCUAUAUUGUUACAUUGUGCGUAUUAUUAACUAUUUGUUCUGCAAAUGACACCACAAAGAAAUACUCAAAACCGGUGCGUUUGUUUACUGAGGAGGAGUUGAAAAAAUACGAUGGGAGUGAGGACAAAAAACCAAUUUACAUGGCAAUUAAAGGAGUGGUAUUUGACGUCACAACUGGAAAAGAGUUUUAUGGCAAAGGUGCCGGUUAUAAUGCCCUAGUGGGUAAGGACUCAACCAGAGCUGUGGCCAAAAUGUCUCUUGACCCAGCGGAUCUCACACAUGACACUACGGGCCUUACAGAGGAACAGCUACAGUCCCUUGAGCGGAUAUUUACAGGCACAUACAAAGCAAAGUACCCAAUUGUGGGAUACACCAGCAGGCGCCUUCUCAAUGAAGAUGGUAGCCCCAAUAAAGACUUCAAACCUGAAGACCAACCAAAUUUCAGUGUUAAAGAUGAAUUUUGAUACACAGAGAAAUUGUCUCAUAUAAGAGCAAUCUAACAAUCUUAUUUAGCUCUGACCUCACUACAUAACCUAGUUGAACUUGUUUAUGACUCCUCCCUGUACUCUAGAGUGGGCAGGUGUUGAUUUGGUGAUCUUUGGUGGUCUUUUAGCCCACAACCUAGAAAACACUAUGAUGCAUUGAGCCCACGUGGGUUUUUCCCUGGUGGGCUGCACUGAAGGUCAUUCAAAUGAGGCCACCUACAGGUGUGAUUUACUGUAUACAGUAAAAUAUAAAAAUUCGACUGUUUUUACACCUUAUAUGUAAUUGUAAAUCAUUAAUUGUGUGAUGGUGUUUAGAAUCGUGUCUAUACUAUUCAUUAUAUAGGUUUUUUUACUAGUACUCAAGGGGAAAGUUUGGUGAUUCACACUUCAGUUAGAAAUUGAAAUUGCUCUGUGGUGAAGGGGUUUCAUACUAUAAAUUAAAAAGUUGUUGUCAAUCCAUAACAACAUUCUGACUCAAGCAUCAUUAUCAGUCACGGUGUUUGUGUCUAAUUUUCAAGCGAUGUCUCAAAUGACCAGAAAUGGUUCAUUUUAAUCUGUUAAUGAUAUGUUUGUUACUGCAACUGAUUCAUUAUCUAUCAUGUUACUGUCAUCCACUGUCUGAAUGAAAUGUUGUUUAGAAACUUGCAAACAAGUUCACGUCCAAAGACUUGAUAUGGGUUAGAUUGAACUUGGUACUGAUUUAAGAAUACGUGUUAAAAAAUAAAUGGCCGACCUGA